AUGUGCAUCAAUCUUUUUUUCCAUCAUGUCAACAAGGAGUGGUUGAGAAAUGGUGCACACCCCACCCUGAUGCUGGUGCCUUCGUUAAUUCUGUGCCACAGCAGGAGUCCCUUAUCUUUCAGGCUGUGCAGUUGUGUUGUAGGUGCCCUAAUCCCACAGAAGCCCAUGGGGAGCUCCAGACCAGCCGCUCUGCUCCUACAUCUCCUGCUGCUCAUCAGUCCCUCUGUUGCUGCUGGGAUUGGCAGCCCCUACCUGCCCUCCAGGAGCACCUGCCAUCUGCUGGCCUCCCGUGUGGUUAGAUACCACUGCCGGGUGGGGACAUCAGCCUGGCACAGGCGUAAAGCUCCCUGCUCCCCUGCUUGCCUUUUCCUGCCUCCCCAGUCUCCAGGCUCAGGUGACAGUCUCAGAAUGAAGUUUCUGGCUGACUGUUGCCUGUCAGAGAGGGGCCACCACAUUUCUAAUCCCUCCUACAAGGAGCCGUGCUCCAAAAGGGCCCAGCCUUCAGCUCCAGAAGCACCGGAAAGUCUCUGGAGACUGGGAUCACAAAAGCAUAGAGGGCCCGUGUUCUCCUAUGAUCUGCUGCCUAAGGCACAGGCCAUCUGGGUGGCCGUUCCUCCAGGCUUGGAGGUCAGUGUGUGUCUUUGUCACCUGUGGGUACUGGAGUGUGAAGAGUUGAGUAGCCCCUUCGAUGCCCAGGUAUGGAGUGUCACCCUUAUAUACAGUCAAAUCAUACACUUACAAGUGGACACGAUCUCUUCUCAGCCCCUAUCAUGUCCAUCUGUUGCUCCUGUCCCCUCCCUGGCGUGUGAGCUGUUGGAGGACAGGGGCAACCUCUGUGUCUGCCUUCUCUCUUCAGGCACUCAGAGUAUGUCUGUUGAUGAAUUCGCGAGUGCAUCAGGUGCUGAGAUCUGGGAAAGACCAGGCAAAUACUCAGACUGGGCAGGGCCAGGUUGGCCUCUCUUCUGUUUGCUCCUACAGACCCAGAGCUCCAGCCCAGUGACACUGGACCUCAUCAUCUCCUUCCCGAAGCAGGGGGCAUGCCUCCUUAUUCAACUCCGGAGGUCAGAUGUGCAGUGUGCCUGGAAGCACCUCUUGUGUCCUGAUGUGAGACACCUGGGGCUCUUGAUCCUGGCCCUGCUGGCUCUCACUACCCUACUGGGCGCUGCCGGGUUCUUAGCUGCAGGCACCCACUCUCAUUUGGCGCCCUGUGUCCCCCUGCCGUGGCUCUGGGCGGCGCGGGCUCGCGUGGCGUGGGAGAGGGGUGCAGUGCUACUGCUGUGGAGCGACCGCCCGACACUGGUCCGCGGUCCCGACCCCAGCGCCGCGCCCCUGCGUGCCCUGCUCGGUGCCGCCCCGCGCCUGCUGCUGCUGCUCUGCUCGCAGGGCCACGUCCCUCCCCCUUGGCGUGCUCUGCCACGCUACCGCCUGCUGCGCGACCUACCGCGCCUGCUGCAGGCCCUCGAGGCGCAGUCUUGCCCACCAGGGAGUGCCCAGCUUCCUCCUCAUACCUACGCCCGCCCUCCGAAUGCUGAGGCCGAGGGUCCUUUACUCAGAGCCCCUCCAACCCCUGCUCAGAUGGCUGCAGGGCAGGACAGGGCCAUCUUGCCCUCCGAAACUUCAGGACAAGAGCAGUCUGCAGAGGCCGUGCCCUAG